AUAGCAGGCGCUAGGCUGCUUGUGUAUGGUCAAUGCUAUAUAGUGUGAGAUCAAUAACAGAAAUAUGCAAUCCUCUACACUGUACGUGCUUGUUGCUGCGCUGGUGAUAGUGGGACAGCAUGCUGCUCAGGGUCAAGAUGAAGUGGUAUUUCAAACCAUCAGUCUCAGCGCUAGUAGGGGGCCAUCUGACGUAUUUGCCCAAUUAUCGAUCAACGGAGUACCAAGUUUCUUCAUCAAUCGUCCAACAACAACACAACUCGAUAUCCCCGAAGGAUCGAGUAUAUUUUACAAUGGAAAUAGUUUGGCCAUAACUGGUGCCGAUCCAAUUGUGCUGACAGCAAGUAGAUUUCAGUAUUUGUAUCAAGAUCCUGGGAGUUUCAGAUUUCGAGAUGUCACUGGACCAAUCCCGGGUGCCGGUGGACAACCUGGACCUGGAACUUUGUACUAUGAUGGAGAUACAGCACUUUUUACAAAUUCAGAUAUAUUUAUUGGUACUUAUGAAGGUCUUGCAGCUCAAUUUCCUGUCCCACCUUCACAAGUGACAAUCAGUACUCCACGAGUAAACAAUGAACUAGCCCUCAACCUCCAAUCCAGUCCUUCUGAUCCUGUUACUGAUGGAAAUGUCAUUGAGCUCACAGGAUCAGAUGCGUUCAUCCUAGGAUCAGGUGAAUCAUUGACGUAUGUAUCAAACAGUCUACGAUAUCGAAGAGGAUCUGUAACUCAAGAGGUUUUUAAUCCUAUCACCAAUUUUUAUGUUCUUGAGGAUAUCACUGAGAAUGGACAGCAAGGCAGAACCCUGAGGCGGUUUACUGGCGGCUCAAGCGAGGUUAUCACAGGGCCUGGACUUCUUAAGGUGGGAACUUCUCCUAAUGACGGUUCGAGGGUCGCUUUUUUCAGUCCAUCUACUAGUGUCAAUCAAGAAAUAGAUAGUGGCAUUAUUGAUGGACAGCUUUCGUUUGAUGCAGUCCAAAACAGUGCUCAAAUCUCGGAUAUUUUUACAAAUCCAGGGACUCCUGCACGUCUGAUCGACUUGGGUGGUACAUCAAGAACCUUUAAAUACCCUACAGCAAGCAGAGUUACCUUUGAUGAUACCUCUGGUAGAAGAGAGAUUCGUGUUUUCGAUAGGUUUAACCAACAGCUUGGCUCUUUUUUCGAUUCUGACUUGAGUUCCUUCCUCAACCACCAAGUCCAAACAACUAGUUCUGGAACUGCAUCUUUUGAUAUUCCUGAUGGAGGUGUGACACUUAUUAGCAAUUCUAAUGAUGGGCAAGCAUUUAUCUACCCGUGUAGAAAAACACUCCUGACUGGUCGCAUCAAUGAAGCCCGCAGUUCAAUUACUAUUACCCCGAAUCCUUUCCCAACUUUUAGUAUAUCAUCAAGUGGUGGCUCUUCCGUCUUGUCAAUCAAUGGUGAUGAAACGGUCACAAUAACAGACAGACAACCAAUCAUUGUUGGCAGUGGACAAACUCUAAACUAUAAUGAUGCAUCUGUUACAGUGUUUAAUAAUGGAGCACCAGAUACACCUGUUUCUAGUACCCCAAUUACCACGAAUUCCUUGACAACAUAUGAGACGCCUGGAAACUAUUUAAAUACAUAUACCUCUAGUAAUCCUCCACCCCAAGAUUUUGUUGGACCUGGUGUCGUGUAUUUUGACAAUCAAAAUCGAGCAUUUUUCACUAAUGAAGUACAAGUGACAAAUCUUAUCUCUGGUUUCCUUGACAGCCGCCCCCCCGUGAGAAUUACAACCACUACUCGUACUGAAGGCGGCAGACGCUUUGUUGACAUUGUGAAUCCAGACGGUGUGCGUCUAGUUGAGGGGAGCACAUCAACCAUUACCAAUGUGGGAUCAACCUUUACCAAUGUGGGAUCAACCAUUACCAAUGGGGGAUCACAGCAAGGCCUUAUCUACACAGGGAACACCGUCCGUUCUGUCAAUGGGUUUUCCGUUCCUUCAUCAUUUACUAUUCGAUAUGUUGUAUCUACCACACCUGGUGUUGACGAUACAGUUGAAGUUAUAAAUCCUGAUGGAGAUGUUUAUUUCACCACAACUGCUUCCAGUAGCUUUAGGUAUCGACAAGGAGGAGUGCUUCAACCUACACCUACAACUACUACCUCGUAUUCUGGAGGUGGUGUUCUCUACCUCAAUCCGAACACCGGUGCUGUGGUUUACAAUGACGAUACUACAACUUCAACAGGUUUGGUUACGGAUCUGAUAACUUCAGGAAUUGUUUUCGAUACAAACACCAGGAAUAUCACCACGUUGAAUUUCUUCGAUGGUCGUACAAUUACACGGUACGAUGGAAGCUCUACAAGCUUCUUAUCUGGUCCUAGUACAAUUUUCACAUCCGGUAAUGAAGGAUUUUACUCCACAGACAGCACGACCACCACCAGAGUAGUUACAGAAAUAACAAACAAUAUACCGGUUGAAGUAGGUGUGGACCAAACAACAGGAGAAGUAACAGUAUUUUAUCCUGGAACACAAACUACGAUUUUCAAUUUCACCACCGGUUCAGAGCGCACUACUGUAAGCACUGGAACAACGAUAACAUACACCAAUGGUAUCCUAAUACUACCCGGCCGCAACAUUACAACUGAUAGCUUCACCUACUUCAACGGUAUUAGCACGCAAGUAUUUACCUCGGGAGAUACUGUGACUUUUUCUGGACCAGGCCAAGUGAUAGUUAACGAACAAACCACUGAAACAAUUUUCAUUGAUAACCAGAAUACGAUCAAUCGAAUAAAUAAUGCCCUUGACAAUGUUCCUGUGGUUCCACCAGUUCUAGUUCGACCCACAACCACUUCAUUCAUCUCUAAAGUCGCGGACGUCUUCCCACUCUUUGGACAGAGAGUCACAGUGUAUCAAUCAGCUAAUGUGAAUCUACGCUGUGUGAUUCUUCAAAGUGUUCCAACAUCAUCUUUCAUGUUCUUCAGAGAUGGAGUUGCAUUGGACGGCUCAGAGAUAGGUUCUACCAUUACCAUGGUGUCAGAGAAUGAACAAAUUCUAACUGUCAACACCUUCAAUGUCAGUGCUGCCGGUAGAUAUGAAUGUCGCGUGAGUAAUGGUCCUGGACAAGACAGUCUGUUCGCAGAUAUUUUCAUCAGACCUCCAGUUGCACCGGUGAUUCAAAAUAACUUCUUUCCCUCAAUUCCGGAGCUUCCUGGACUUACAGUCACUGCUCAGGAUAUAACACCACAAAAUCCAGUAAUGAUCAUCAUUCGGGACAGAACACCUGGACAAACUCUAGAGCCUAAUCCACUGCUUCUCACGAACACCGUCAACAUUGCUUGCAAAGAUGAUGUGGGUCUUCCAAGACCUACAAUCAUGUGGACUGCAACGGACUCUAAUGGAGUUGACAUUCCGAUCAAUAUGUCUAACAUAUUCGUGCCACGUGCGGGACGCAGUAUCUACACAGUCAACACUGACCCUGACAACACUCUGUCCAUCACCUACGAGUGCACAGCAAGUAAUGAGGCUGGUGAGGCUACUGGACUGGUGACCAUUACACCAAGAUCAUACGUUUGUGAGGGUAAUGUCUUUGGACCCUGCUCUGUUACUUGCGGCUUUGGUAUUCAGAGUUCUGCUCCAAUUAACUGUCAAGUCAGGACCAAUGAAAAUAUUGCGUCCAUUGAUGCUGCUGAUUUGCCUCAGGGACUAUACCCAACGCAAUUACAGAUUUGUCAAAGCAGUGUCAUGCCUUUCUGCCCAGCGAUAACCUAUGAAUUUAACACUACCGCCUUCGGAGCUUGUUCACGUACCUGUGGUGGUGGAGUGCAAGAGAGAAAUAUAACCUGUUUUCGUUUGAUUGGUGGAGUGAGAGAUAUGGCCGUAGAUGAUAUAGAUUGUAUCGUCUUUGGACUGAAACGGCCUGCUGCUGCACAAGAGUGCUUUCCUCAGAAGUGUCCAAGAUGGAUGAUUCUCAGCGCCUACUCUCCAUGCUCUAGUACCUGCGCUGGUGGAGUUCGCUCAAGAAAUGUGUCCUGUGUGCAAUUCAUUGCCCAAAUUAAUGGAACGACGGGAGAGUUUGUCUGUGAUGCUGACGGAAAUCCGAUUGGAGAGAGUAUAGUACUGUCAGAUGCAAGCUGCUUUGCUGGUAAUAUGCCGAGAAGAGUAGACGCCUGCAACACUCAGAUACCCUGCCCUCGUAGAUGGUCCCCUGGGACAUUUGCACCUUGUGAUGCUAACUUCUGCCAAGAAAGGAGUCUUACGUGUACUGGAUUUGAUCCCAGUGAUCCAGAGGAACAAUGGUUGCUUGACGUUUCCGAGUGCGCGGAUCUCCCUCUACUACACACAGUCCGCAGCUGUGGAGGGGGGACUUGUGAUGCUGGAAUAUGGAUGACAGAGAAUUUGGGUACUUGCACAGUGACCUGUGGGAUCGGCAAUCAAGAAAGGAAUGUUUUCUGUGUGUCGCGUGCUGAUGGGUCCCGAAUCAAUGAGGGAUUCUGUAACAUUAAUGAACGACCACCGGUUUUCGAAACAUGUAUACUUUUUAAUUGCCCAGGACGUUGUGAUUUCGAGCCCCCUGACUGUCGAGUAUUUAGACUACUGAGGCGCUGUAAGGACCUGGCCGUCGGCAUGCCCUGCUGUAGAAGCUGCCCCCUGCAAUUUGUUGACAAUACUCCUACUCUGAUUACUAGAGACAACCUUGUUCUGUCGUUGGAUCAGAGUAGGUACAAUGUGGCUGCGGGAACAGAUUUAAGGAUCUGCUGUGUGGCCUCGUCCAGUACUCCAAAUGCCUUCCUGCCUUUCCUCUUCAAUUGCAACUUUAUUAGCGAAGAGAUUGAAAGGGAGGUUAUGGUAGGAAAAGUAUUAGACAACACUGCGUGUGUUACCUUCCCUACUUCUGGACUUGCGAUUGGCGAUGGAUUCCUUUUGGCACUAGAGGAUGAUCAGGGGAUGGUGCGCGACAUUGCUAAUGUCACCAUUGUUUAGUGAUUUCUCAGCAUAGGAAGAUUUGACUUCCACUUUCAGUGUACGUAUGCUUAUAAUUUUUGUCAAGUUCAAUGCCAGUUUUUUUUGUAUAUAGCUCUUGCUUUGGGCGUCAUAUACUCCUUUUAGACUUUGCGUAUAACCGUACAUAUUUUUGUGUAAAGAAUGUGAUUAACUUAAUUCUGUGUUGCACAAGCUGUAGGU